AUGCCUAGACAUUCCACCCCCAUUUCACCAUCAUCUCCCCAAGCCAUUAUUCACCGUCAAAAUGAAGGUGAAUAUUGGUUUGAACUCGAAGGUCGUAUUACUCCCUUCAUCAUCCCGACGAACGAUGACGUUCUGAGAACCUGUAAGGAGAGCAGUCGUAAACCACCGACAGUUUUCAUAAUUUUUAGAAAUUCGGUGCAGAGAUGCAUGAGGUUAUUCAAAAAAUAUGAGCGUUCCCAAGUCUCAAGGGUCGCCUCAGAUCUUUGGAAAUAUGUUAAAGAACAUGAGAAAGAUUUGCGUGAUAUUUUUCAGUCUCUUUAUGAGACCAUUAAAGAACGGAAGAAAAAUAAUUCUUUAUUUUUCGAAUUCUUUAAUCCGGAGGUCUCUACAAGUUUGACAGCCAACGUUAAAAGCGAGUCUUCUACACCAAAUAAAAUGAUGACAUUAACCUCCUCUGAAGAAACAAAAAUUACAGGGGAAUUGUUUGAGGAUUUAGCACCUAUUCCCGGAUUUAAUUAUUUCUUUGGAAACCCUUCCUACUAA